AUGCUGCAAGAAAAUAAUCAGAAAUUCCGCAUCAUCACCCCAUACGACGCUCAGCGGAGUUUGAUCGAGGAGUGUUUAAAGCAGAAGGACCUCGAAUGGGAAGAUAAGUGUUUCAAUGUUGACUCGUUUCAAGGUAACGAGGAGGACUACAUCGUAAUCUCACUCGUGCGGUCCACGGCGCUCGGAUUCCUCGCCGAUCUGCGCCGGACUAAUGUCAUGCUCACUCGGUGCAAGAAAGGCAUGGUCAUCUGCACCAGCCAGAAAUUCAUGAAGCGGGCAGGUUAUGACUCACUCGUGGGCAGUCUGUUGGAGUAUUACGAACACGAGUGGAUUGAGAAAGACGACCUGGAGAGGAUUGCAAUGUAG